AUGCGUCCCUGGGACGCAGCAUGGGAGUUAGAACCAGGGGCGUUUGCUGAACUGGCUCCGGUGGAUGAAGACGAUGAGAGUCGUCAAUCUUCGUGCUCGUCUUCCUCAAGUGGCGACUCGGUGUCCAGUGAUGACCAUAAAUUAAGCAACACACGAAACAACUCUGUUCAGAGGAUUCCCUUGUCUGAAUCCACUGAAAAUCAAACAAAUGAACCAACCGAGCCAGAGCCCUUGUUCAAUCCACUAUCUUCCUUAGAUAGUGAUCGAGAUACGUGCCCUUCCCAGGCCCCACCACCACCGGUGCGUGUUCCCGGCACCGCAAAACCAAUACUGUCCUUGGUUUGGACGGCUCAGUCGCUGGAACCCAAUCAGCGUGGUCGUCCUCGUACGAAAUCAGUGCGUUACAGUCACCAUACUAUAUUUCAUCAGUCGAAAUCACCACCUCAACAAGGGACGCGUCGGGUUCGACGCCGUCUAUCAUUAUAUUCACGUCCAAGUACACGGUUAGAUUCAAGCAUAGAAACAAGACUACGUCAGGCCACACUGGGGACAUUCUUAGCUUCUUUUCGUGUAUCUUCUGUUCCAGAUUGA